GAUAGAUUCGAUUAUAGUUGUCGUAAGAUAGGCAACUUCUUUCGACAGAGUGAGCCCGUGUAUAUCUGGACUAAGGAGAUUGUUGCAGUGGACGAGGCGAGAUAUGUGUUUUGAAAGAUCUUGGAUGGGUGUCAGAGAGGCGGAGUAAGUCGGUGAGGAGGGUUUUAGAACAAGUGAUAUUUUUGUUGUGGAUGCAUAUAUCAAAGAAAGCAGCGAGUCCAGAUCUUUGAGGAUAACAGAUAAAUCUGUUGUCUGUGGUUGCGAGUUGGAAGUAUCAGGGGAAGACAGUGCAGAAAGAGAAGCAGAACAUGUUUCAGAUGCAAAGGUGAGGGAUACAAUCGCUGUAUGUCACUAUCAGGCCAGCUCGUCGUGCUCAGCGGUGGACACGCACCUUUUUGCUUAUCGCUCAUCGCGUCGGGCAGUGACAAGGACUCGGACUCUCAUAUUCUAAUAUCAUGUCCACCGUCGUCCCGUCGCCCACUAUCUCUAUCUUCCGUCUUUCCCUGGUCUAAACCCACCGCAACUCCAUCUCCUGCUAUCGUGGCCAACAUUGCUCGGCUUGAAGCGGAUGCAAAUUCUCAUCCUCACGACGUGUCUAAGCAAGUGGCCCUCUUCCAGGCUCUCGCGGAAACAAAUGCCAAACCUGGUUACGAUCUUGUCAUUACUCGAUGGGAGCGAAUGUGUGAAUUUGAUUCGUCGUCACAUCUUGUUCGCUCGGACACAGCUUUCCAACUGUACCUUACGUCUUUGCUCAAAACCGGCUUGGAAUCUUCUGUAAACUCCGCAGUUCGCAGACGGGAAUCUCUGCUUGCCAUACCUGCAGACGCGAUAGCUCCGGAUACUACUGCCAGUGGAACGUCGUCCUCCACUCCCGCUUCUCCCGACACGGCGACCGCUCCUUUAGCGCCAAGUAAAGCCACUUCGCGGAGUCAGGAGAUUGCCCAAGGUUUACUCUCUGCAGAAGCAUCUGGCUCUACAGCAUCUGCGCCUGGGGGUCCUGGGAUUGCAAGUGCAGAUAUGGCAAAACUGACCGCAGCUCUUGGUGGCGGCGCCGUUAUCCUGGUCAUUCUCUCCGUCUUAUUGGAAAACUCUGGACUUCUUAAACCCGUGCCGCGUCAGGCUGAGUUUGAGCCUCUGCAACAGAAGACAGUGAAGUUCAACGACGUUCAUGGUGUCGAUGAAGUGAAAGAUGAACUCCGCGAUGUUGUUGCCUUCUUGAAGGAUCCUACCGUCUUUGCUACCCUCGGCGGUAAGUUACCCAAGGGCAUCUUGCUCACUGGCCCCCCUGGGACGGGUAAAACUAUGUUGGCGAGAGCUAUCGCUGGUGAAGCUGGAGUUCCAUUCUUUUUUGCAUCCGGUUCCGAGUUUGAAGAGAUGUUUGUCGGGGUUGGUGCAAAACGCGUCCGCGACCUCUUCGCAACUGCUAGGAAACGCCAGCCUGCUAUCAUCUUCAUAGAUGAGCUUGAUGCCGUCGGGGGAAAGCGAAGCCAUCGUGAUCAGCACUACAUGAAACAAACCCUCAACCAGCUGCUAGUAGAAAUGGACGGAUUUUUGCAAACUGAAGGUGUCAUAGUCAUCGCGGCAACCAACUUUCCCGAGAGCUUGGACCAUGCUCUCACGAGACCUGGUAGAUUUGACAGGGUAAUUGCAGUGCCGUUACCUGAUGUCCGCGGUCGGGUACAACUCUUGCAACAUUUCAUGAAAGAUGUCGUGACCAGUACAGCUGCGGACCCCUCGGUUCUUGCUAGAGGUACUCCUGGGUUCUCGGGUGCCGAAUUACAAAACAUGGUCAACCAGGCCGCGAUUCAGGCAUCUAAAGAGGGCUUCAAUGAGGUUACCCUACAACACUUUGAAUGGGCGAAAGAUCGUAUUAUCUUAGGCACCGAACGAAAGAGUCAGUAUAUUGAUGAGAAGAACAAACUAAUGACUGCCUAUCACGAGGGGGGUCAUGCCCUGGUUGCUCUAUAUACAGAAGGUGCCAUGCCUCUUCAUAAGGUCACUUGUGUUCCCCGAGGACACGCUUUAGGAGUAACUUCUCAACUGCCUGAGAACGAUCGGUACUCUGUGACGCAAAAAGAGUAUCAAGCUAUGAUAGAUGUCUGCAUGGGUGGACGGGUAGCCGAAGAGCUCAUCUACGGCGCAGAUGGGACCACAAGUGGGGCAAGCUCUGACUUGCAGAAGGCAACGCAGACAGCGUCCGCUAUGGUGAAGAAUUGGGGAUUUUCUGAGAAAAUUGGGCCUGUGUUCUACAAUGAUCGAGACGAUGUUAUCAGCUCCGCGACGAGGGAGAAGAUUGACGGAGAAAUAAGAAAUCUGUUGCAAUCAGGUCAGGAUCGCGUCACCAAGUUGCUUGCUGAGAAGAAGGAAGAACUACAUCUGCUUGCUCGUGCUUUGGUAGAACACGAGACUUUGGACGUCGAAGAAGUAAAGAAAGUGAUCAAAGGUGAACCAAUACGAAACAUCGAAGAGAAGAUGGUGGAAGAAGGGCUCCCCGCCGCUAUGUCGUCGUGACGGUGUAAGUCUGAGCACAUAGAGUAAUUAUGGUGUGGUACAUAUAAUGCGCAUUUGUACAUAUAAGUAUUGUUUUCAUGGGGAUUCCGGAACAGCAUGUCUUGCAUGAUGUAACUUGUGUGCUCUGAGUUUCUGGCUCUUAGAAAUUGAAAUAUUGAA